CAAAACACAGGAGGCUCCGCCACUCCCAAAAGAUGCACCCGUCAAACCGCCUCUCCCUGUCUACCAUUGGGGCGCUGACGGGAUGUCGCCACAACUCCCAGUGGAACCUGAUCACAAGAUAGCUGUCAAGAUAAAUGCUCCAGAUGACGUGAUGAGAGAAUUCAGCCUCUUUUCCACAACUAGGCUGCCACUUCCACAGCAUGACGAACCUGCCCCGCCUCCACCCCCGAAAAAGAGAGUUGAGAGUAAACCUGUCCUCCCCGUCGAAAUCGACGAACCUUUCGAAGGUCUGCCUUCCACUCCAUCUCCAGUGAUGAUUGUCCCCAAAACAACAAGAAUACCCGGGGUCGGAGGAGUGUAUAAAACGACCUGCGAGUACAAAGGCGAAGAUUACAAACAAGGGGCCAGCUGGCAAGACGGCUGCAGUUACGUAUGUGUGUGUGUCAAUGGGGUUAGAAAUUGGAUGAGAUGUAUGGACAGGUGUCCUCGCUUCAAUCCUGGUCCACUGUGCACUUUGGUGACAAAGCCGAAUACGUGCUGCCCGGAAGUGAAAUGUGGCAAUAAUUGACAAUAUUGAUCUUGGAUCUUUAAUGGCGGUUUUAGCAUUUUGACAUUUAUUUGAUAAUGAUUCGGAUAUUUCAUAAUUAAUAGAAUUCAUUGCAAUCUUUCAAUUUGUAAUAUUAUAUUGUAAUACUUUGGUUAUGUACUGAAGAAUUAUAUCUUGUCUGGCAAAAUGAAGGUAUUUUAUAAGUGCUAGUUCUUAUACAUAUGUCAUUGGCUAUGCCUGUCACCAGUCUUGAGACUAAAUGCUAAAUUUUCAUCUGAACACAAAAAGAUGCACAUCUAGACUCAUAGAUCUUAAUUCAAAAAAUUAACUCUUAAUAUAAGUUUACAAUUAUGCAUGAAAUGUAUUUGCAUAUCACCUGAAAUAAAGUCCUUCGUAUGAAAUAAAACGAUGACUUGAAUGCAGCAUAAAUUUUA